GGCUCGAACCCGAACCGCUCGCUCCGGAGUCGAGCGAAAUAACCAUGAGGCCACCGCGCCUCUCGUUCGGUUAAAAAUCAUUACAUUUUCGGUGUCUUCAUUUGUUCAAACCUCAAAGAGAUGACCUGAGAUUUAAGUCAUAAACAGCGAUUGGAGCGGGGCAUACCUAUACCUAUCAUUGCACCAUCGAAGUCGAAAAUUCGACGUUAAUGCUUUGUCAGCCAUGACAAUCAGGCACAAGAAGCAGUCAGGACCUGGUAAGGAGCAUACAUCAGCGUGGCUACCAAGCAUUCCAAUAUGGCGGCCAUCAAGAGGGUCGUCUAUGGGCGAAAGUUGGAAAAAAAUCACCUAUUUACCAGCUCUAAAAGUACAAACUACACUAGCUAGGCAACACCUGGAAGAAUUAAAAUCCAAAGGAACAAGCAGCGUUGAAAAUAUUCUACUCUUCUACGAGCAUUCUCCUGUUUUUACCAUUGGAAUACGAAACAAAAACAUCGACUCAAAAGAAAGGAAAAGGUUGGAAGAUUUAGGAGCCGAGUUUCAUUUUACCAACAGAGGAGGUCUGUUGACAUUCCACGGCCCUGGACAAUUAGUUUGCUAUCCCAUUUUGAACCUUGACUGUUUUAAGAAAAGUUUAAGGUGGUAUGUAGCUUCACUGGAAAAUACGCUUAUUGAGACUUGUAAAAGGUUCGACGUGCAGGCAGCGACUACGUGUGACACCGGAGUCUGGGUAAAAGACAACAAAAUUGCAGCAAUAGGUGUUCAUACAAGCCGAUGGAUUACAACACAUGGUAUUGCACUGAACUGUAAUAUUGAUCUGAGUUGGUUUGAGCACUUCACACCUUGUGGGGUAGAAGGCAAAGGUGUUACAUCACUUUCAAAGGAAACUAACCAAAACAUUGAACCGCAAGGUACAAUUCCAGCCUUUAUAGAGUCCUUUCAAAAUGUGUUUGAUUGUACUGUUGUGUUAGAAGAUAGCAAGGAUGACAGAAUUAAUGAUAGCGUGUAAUAAUUAUUGACCUUACAGAAUAAAGAAAUUAACUGUAGUUAUAUAGUUUUAAUAAAUGUUUUAAAGGACAUGAUGUAUUGAAUGUAUUGCAAAGAUAAGUGAUUACAGUGAUAUAUAUUGGGAGAAAUCUCCUUACAAUGAAUUACUAAUAACUGGUGAAAUUAGCACAAAUUUUCCAUUUCAUCUUACACUGGGACCUUAAUCUGAAUUCUUUGAGCAACUGAUAAUUCCGGAUAUUUGUCAUGCUUUGAGUGCAGUUGAACAGUUACAGGAUAUGCAUAGCUAUGUACCCUGAUACCUGCAUGAUGAAGAUACCAUUUAGAUUGUUUCUUCUGUGUAAUUGCAUAUGGCAAAUGUUGUGGUGUAACUACUGAAGCUGGAGUGUCCCUUUAAUUUCUGUGAAUCAGUGUUAGAUUAUAGAUCAGUGGCUUUGUUUAUUCGGUCCCAAUGGGUCAUGCCGUUAUCGUGGUGGGAUGGUUUGUGGUAACCUGUGAUCAGGCAUCCUUGUUUUGGGCAAAUGUUUGCUUGCUUGUGUUACUUAUUGAUAUGCCUUAAUCUUAUUUAUAUGCUUUAAUCUGUUAAUCAGUGUUAAAUUAUAGAUCAGUGGCUUUGUUUAUUCCAUCCCAGUGGGUCACCCUGUUAUUGUGGUGGGAUGGUUUGUGGUAACCUGUGAUCAAGCAUUCUUGUUUUGGGCAAAUGCUUACUUGCUUGUGCUACUUAUUUAUAUACUUUAAUAGAAUUUAAGAAAAAAGUGUUUAAAUGUUGCACCCCAAAAAAGCAGGUGUCAUGCAGUAAAAACCUGCAUGUAUGAACCUAGUGGUUUUAGAAACUGUUGGCAGUAGCGUGUCAUUUUCACACCCAAAAAAUAUAAGAACCCAUUCAGCCAAGCAAGAUCAAACAGGUUCUUAUAUAUGGGUUACAUAUAAAAACCUGCCACUAUGUGGGUUACAUAUAAGAACCUUCUUUCUUUUUUACUUCAUUCCCAAUAAAGUUUAUUUACAGUUAAAUUUUGAUAAACAUUUUAACCAAUUCAAGGAGUGUGACUUUGGGAUUACAAAUUUAUAGUUCAAGAAAGUAUAUACCACAGUCGUGAAUAAAUACUGUAUCCUUAGGGACCAAAAUCAAGUUGAUUUAUUUUUCUGGAAAUCAAGAGCUACAUCACUUUAGAAAUUAAGAACCUAAUUAAGAGCCUACUUAGCCUAAACUACCAGUAACUACCCCAAAAUACAAGAACCUAUUUUGCCAGACUUCAAAAACUGUAGGUUCUUACACACUGGGUUUUAUUGUCGUUACUGCAUUGCACCCCUAAGUCCCCACUACAGCCUACUCUCUACAACGGCCAUUUUCCUCUCUUCCCAAGGUGGCUGCUGUGAAUAGGAUCGACUGUAUUUUGGCUUUAUCGGAAAGUGUGCAAUUGAAGUAACCUCCGAUUAUCAAACUCUCCUAAGCAAAGUCUUGUAAAAACUGGUUUAGUGUAGAAAAGAAUUCUAGUUGCUGAUUGGCAUCAGUUGGAACAAAGAUAUUAACAACAACAAAGGAGUCUUCGUCAAAUAAUAGUUUUGAGUAAUGAACCUGCCGUUCUCAAC